AAAUGAGGCCGAAGGUGGGCAGAGCCGGUGCAGGAUAUGAGCGCCGUCACAGGCGGAGAGGACGACACAAGCUGCGGAGCUGCGAGCCCGCAGAGACGAGGGCAGAGAGCCGCCGACAUGCGCCUCAAACACCCACCAACACCACCCAAGUCGCCCGAAAACGACACGCCGAGCACGGCAGAUGACUGGGGGUAGACCUGGCCGCGGAAAAAUGGAAAUUCCAUUGUGACUAAUUGCAGCAAAGAAGAAAGAAGACGGUUUCACCGAAUCUAAAUGGGUUGACAUUUAGCCACCAGGAACAGAAGAACUCAAGUGUUUCGCACUGGAGAUGUUGGUGACUCAAGACUGGUGACCAAGGUUUUAAAAAUUCUGAAGAAAAAGAAGACAGCUUUACCCCAUUCAACUGGAUAUUGCUGAGGUGGAGACAACGUUUUUUAAAUGAAGAUGGCAGGCGAUUUGGCAGUUAGCCAAAUUUUUUGAUUUACGAAGAUUACGUUUUAUUUUUCCUGACUGGAUUUUGACAUAAGGAUUUUUUUUUCCCUUUUUUUUUCUUGUUCUAACCACAACAUGGACUCUGGAGCACCGAUGGUGGCUGUAUAGCCAUCUAUUGGACUUGUUGAAAAUUUGCUGUUUUUCCGCAGCACAAUCAGUGUUUGUAUGUUUGAUUUUUAAGUUGUUUUUAAAUAAAGUGUAUGACCUUGUACUUUCCCCCCUGGCUUUGUUUCAUUAGCUUACCCUCUGAAAAAAAAUCACAAGCGUUUUCCAUGUUGUAUUUUGGUUUUAUUGUAGCGCUAAAGCUUGGAAGUACUUGGAAAAACCAUUUUAAGCAAUAUGUGCAAAAAAAAUGUGGCUAGCUUUGAAUGGAUUUUGCGUGAACAGCGGUCGAGGUGUAUUAUUCAUUUGAGAAAAAUUUGCCAACUUUGUUCUGGGUCAACUAACUUUGAGGACUAAUGCCAUUUAUUUUUUAUUUUUGGUGGUGUUAUGAAGAAGUAAAUUAUCAUCUUGAGAAGAUAAAGGUGAAAAUGGUUGUUGAAAAUAUCUUCCCUUGGCUCUAAUCAAAUGCAAAAUUUAUUAAUUCAUAUCUGGAAGAAUACAUUCAUGUAGAUUAGGUUUUGGUCUGAACUCAAAUGGCUUCCAAAGAAUAGCCUGGAUGGUUUUUAUAAAAUGGCUACUGCUCGUCCUUCUUCCUGUCUGAAUAGGAAGUGAUGUAAUUGGUGCAAACUAUAUACUUUUGCAUGCUUUCACUAUUUUUACUUUCAUAAAUUGCAGAGUAAAUGUGCCCAUGUUUUAAGCUUCUGUGCUUUGGGAUGAAAAAAUGUGCAAGUUAAUAUAAAAGUAAAUUUUUGUAGCAUAAUAAAAGGGGUGGGACUUAGACUAUCACCUGAGUGUGGGGUAAAUGGAAAUAACGUCAAUCAAAAGCAAAGCUUCAGAGCAGGGAAGGAGCUCUAGAUGGCGGCUGAGCCUUGGGAAGGCUGCCAUACUUUCCCGUCACACCGUCUCGCCUGGCUCUUUUUUGGGGGGUCGUUAUCGCUUGAUACUCGUGUAAAAGUAAAUAUUAUAGUUGUCCGAUCGCUUUUUAACGGGAUUAUGUGCGUUUAGGGUGUUUUUUGCUCGGUUUGGUGCGGGCUGGAGGGAGCUGGUCUGAGCUCGUCGUUGUUUUCCAGCCAUGGCGCGCCUCCAUUUUUAGAGCUGCUGCUGCUGCUUCUCUGUCGCUUCAUGUCAGCAGAUCUGCUCUGGAAAGGCCUUUAUAACUAUCCGCUUUUCUCUUUUUGACUAAAUUUACUAUUUUAAGCCUUAUUUUUUUUAAUCCGAUUUGAAUAGAUAUAUUUAAAUUGCGACGGAAGAAGAAGAAGCUAAAAAGUUUAUUAUUGACACGCACCUUUUUCCCCUCACAUUGGAUUGACAUGUUUACAUUGCGUGCUGAAUAAUUACAUAUUUUUCUCACGCGUAAAUGUUAUUUUUUCCCUAAUGCUUCGUGUGAUGACGCAGUUAAAAUUGACUGCAUUCGCCUUGAUCCGAGGACAAUAUUGAGAGACACAACGAUGGAUAUUUGAUUUAUUCUAACGACACCUGUCAUUUUUUUCCCCAAGCUUUAUUUAAAUAAUGAUUCCGAAACCUAUCGAUUGUAUGUCGUUUUCUUUCCUCGUUCCGCACCGCCUGGGUUUAUCUUCCACCUGAAGCAGAGGUUGAUCCCUGUGGGACUUAAAUGAUAGUUCAGGCUUUCUCCAACUUUUUGACAGCAAAUACCAGGACAAAACAUCAUCAUAGCCGGUUUUACAAGGAUCUACAAUGAUGAAGAGUAAAAGUAAAAAACAAGAGGAUGAAGGAUCGACUCAGAGCAAUGCAUCAAGCAAUUCAGCUUCAGAAGAAUCCAAUCGCUCCGCAUCAGAGUCGGGGAGUCAGUCAGAAAGCGAGCGUGGCAGCGAACAUGGAAGUGAACAUGGAAGCGAACAUGGAAGUGAACAUGGAAGUGAACAUGGAAGUGAACAUGGCAGCGAGAGGAGGAGAUCACACAACUCGGAGUCAAACAGCUCCUCGGAGUCGGAGAGUCGCUCCGAGUCGGGGAGCGAGUCUGCAGAGUCCAAAUCACAGCAAACCGCAUCGGGGGCCAAAGACAAGCCAGUUAGGAAGAAGGAGCGCCUGGCAGAUGUGAAGAAGAUGUGGGAAGAACAUCCAGAUGUGUACGGUGUCAGGAGGUCGAACCGCAGCAGGCAGGAGCCGGCCCGCCUCAACAUCGGAGCCGAGGGCAGCAGCGAGUCCGAGAGCGAGAGCCCCAAAAGAAAAUCGUCGCGAUCUAAGAAAAAGGAAAAUAUCUGGAAAGAUGAUGACUCAAAUGAUGAAGAGGAGGCGGAUGAGGCGGCUUCCGACAGUACAGACAGUGAGCAGGAAGAGAAAAAAGUUAGAUCGAGACGACUUCCUGCUAGAAGACCUCAGACCAAAUCUUCAGCAGCCAAAAAACAGUCUCAGAAAGGAAAGAAAUCCAGGAAACAGGAGUCAUCGGCUGAAGAAGACGACGAUGAUGAAGAUGAUGACGAUGACGAUGACACUCCAAAGAGACAGACUCGAGGAAGGGGUGCCACCAAAGUCAAGAGCUACAAAGAGGACCAACAUGACAUUGAAACGGAUUCCGACGACCUGAUUGAAAUGACGGGGGACGCGUGCGAGGAGCAGCAGGACGACGACAGCGAGACCAUCGAGAAGGUCGUGGAAGCCAGGGUCGCCAAAAAAGGAGCCACGGGGGCGUCCACCACCGGCUAUUCCCUGGAGGAGAACGGGGACCCGUGCGAAGGCUUCGACCCCGAGAACGAGGAAGGGGAGGAACAGUAUCUGAUCAAGUGGAAGGGCUGGUCCUACAUCCACAACACCUGGGAGAGUAUGGACUCGCUGACGCAGCAGAAGGUCAAGGGACUGAAGAAGAUGGACAACUUCAAGAGGAAAAAUGACGAGCUGAACUCAUGGCUGAGGAGGGCGUCUCCCGAGGACAUCGAGUUUCACAACUGCCAGCAGGAGCUGGUCUUUGACUUGAACAAGCAGUUUCAGAUCGUGGAGCGAAUCAUCUCAACAAAAACGGGGAAGACGCCAGGAUCUGUCGACUUCCCCUCUCACAGCCACAAGACGUCGUCCUCCAAUGAGCCGGAGUACCUGUGCAAGUGGAUGGGGUUGCCGUACUCGGACUGCAGCUGGGAGGACGGGGCGCUGGUGAGGAAGAAGUUCCAGCCUUGCAUCGACAGCUUCACCAGCCGGAACUCCAGCAAAUCGGUUCCCUCUAAGGACUGCAAGGUACUGAAGCAAAGGCCGAGGUUCGUCCCCCUGAAGAAGCAGCCGUCGUUUAUCGGCGACGACAACCUCCAGCUGCGAGAUUAUCAGCUGGACGGCUUGAACUGGCUGGCCCACUCCUGGUGCAGGUGCAACAGCGUGAUCCUCGCCGACGAGAUGGGGCUGGGCAAGACCAUCCAGACCAUCUCCUUCCUGUCGUACCUGUUCCACCAGCAUCAGCUCUACGGGCCCUUCUUAGUGGUGGUGCCUCUGUCCACGCUCACCUCCUGGCAGAGGGAGUUUGAGACGUGGGCCCCCAUCAUGAACGUGGUGGUCUACAUCGGCGACGUCAUGAGCAGGAAAACAAUCCGCGACUACGAGUGGGUGAACCAUCAGACCAAGCGGAUCCGCUUCAACGCCCUCAUAACCACCUACGAGAUCCUGCUCAAAGACAAGGGCGUUCUGGGGAACAUCAACUGGGCCUUUCUGGCUGUGGAUGAAGCUCACAGGCUGAAGAACGACGACUCGCUGCUUUACAAAACCCUGAUGGAGUUCAGGUCCAACCACCGGCUGCUCAUCACCGGCACGCCGCUGCAGAACUCCCUGAAGGAGCUGUGGUCGCUGCUGCACUUCCUCAUGCCCGACAAGUUUGAUUCCUGGGAGGAUUUUGAAGACGAACACGGCAAAGGGAGGGACAACGGCUACCAGAGCCUGCACAAGGUGCUGGAGCCUUUCCUGCUCCGCCGAGUCAAGAAGGACGUGGAGAAGUCUCUCCCCGCCAAGGUGGAGCAGAUUCUCCGCGUGGACAUGUCCGCCCAGCAGAAGCAGUAUUACAAGUGGAUUUUAACAAGAAAUUAUAGAGCUCUGGCCAAAGGCACUCGCGGCAGCUCCUCCGGCUUCCUGAACAUCGUGAUGGAGCUGAAAAAGUGCUGCAACCACAGCUUCCUCAUCAAGCAGCUGGACGACGGAGACGGGGAAGUGCCGCUGGACCACCUGCAGAGUCUGGUGAGAGGCAGCGGGAAGCUGGUCCUCCUGGACAAGCUGCUGACCAGACUCCGAGAACGGGGCAACAGAGUCUUGAUCUUCUCCCAGAUGGUCAGGAUGUUGGACAUUCUGGCUGAAUACUUGGCCAAGAAGCGAUACCCGUUUCAGCGGUUGGACGGCUCCAUAAAGGGAGAAAUCCGAAAGCAGGCGCUCGACCACUUUAAUGCAGAAGGUUCAGAGGACUUCUGCUUCUUGCUGUCCACCAGAGCCGGAGGGUUAGGCAUCAACCUGGCCUCUGCAGACACCGUGGUCAUCUUCGACUCGGACUGGAACCCCCAGAAUGACCUGCAGGCUCAGGCCAGAGCCCACAGGAUCGGACAGAAGAAACAGGUGAACAUAUAUCGACUUGUGACGAAAGGAACGGUGGAGGAGGACAUCAUCGAGAGGGCCAAGAAGAAGAUGGUUCUGGACCAUCUGGUUAUUCAGAGGAUGGACACCACCGGCCGAACGGUCCUGGACAGCAACUCGGGAAACACAAAUUCAAACCCUUUCAAUAAAGAAGAACUUACAGCGAUCCUCAAGUUUGGUGCGGAGGAUCUUUUCAAGGAGCCCGAAGGGGAGGAGUCUGAGCCGCAGGAGAUGGAUAUCGAGGAGAUCCUGAGGUUGGCAGAAACCAGAGAAACCGAUCAAGGCUCAAGUGCUACAGAUGAACUUUUAUCGCAGUUUAAGGUGGCCAACUUCUCCAGUAUGGAAGAAACCACCCCGGACUUUGAGGGGCACCAAGUGCGGGAGUGGGACGACAUCAUUCCCGAGGAGCAGCGCCGCAAAAUUGAGGAGGAGGAGAAGGCGCGAGAGAUGGAGGACAUCUUCAACCUGCCCAGAAGCAGGAGCUCCAACAAGCGGGCCCGGGCCAACGACAGCGACAGCGACGUGGGCUCCAAGCUGAAAAACCGCUCCUCGGGUUCUGAAAGCGAAACCGACGACAGCGACGACGACAAGAAGCCUAAGAGGAGAGGCAGGCCGCGAGCUCGCAAAAACAACGUGGAGGGUUUCAACGACGCAGAGAUCCGCAGGUUCAUUAAAGCAUACAAGAAGUUUGGCGCUCCCCUGGAAAGGUUGGAGGCCAUCGCUCGAGACUCCGAGCUGGUGGAUAAAUCCAUCGCGGACCUGAAGAGGCUCGGCGAGCUGAUCCACACCAGCUGCGUGGCUGCGGUGCAGGAACACGAGGAGCAGGUCAAAGAGAACCCCGUUGAAGCCAAAGGCCCCGGGAAGCGACGAGGAAUUAACAUCAAGAUCUCGGGAGUGCAGGUCAACGCCAAGUCCAUCAUCCAGCACGAGGAGGAGUUCGAGCCACUGCACAAAGUGGUGCCGUCCGACCCCGCCGAGAGAAACAAGUUCGAGCUCACGUGCAGGGUUAAAGUGGCCCACUUCGACGUGGACUGGGAGCUGCAGGACGACGUCCAGCUCCUCCUGGGCAUCUACGAGCACGGCUUCAGCAACUGGGACCUGAUCAAGACAGAUCCUGACCUCAAGCUCGCAGAUAAAAUUCUUCCCGACGAUCCGAGCAAGAAGCCUCAGGGCAAACAGCUGCAGGCGCGAGCAGAGUAUCUUCUCAAGCUGCUUAAAAAAGAGCAGGACAGCUCAGAUCUGUCUAAAACCGGAGAGGAGGUAAAAGUGAGGAAGAGGAAGCCUCGGGUGAAAAAGGAAAGCAAGGUUCUCAAAGACGAGCAGGGGAACGACAUCUCCUCCCCGCGGCUGUCCGAUAACCCGUCAGAGGAGGGCGAGGUCAAGGACGAGGGAACGGAGAAGUCCAACGCGAAGAAGAGGCAGAAGAAAAAGGAUAACAAAGAGAACAAAGAAAAACAGGGAACACCUAAAAAGGAGAAGGACGGGGACAAAGAGAAGAAGGCCUCCAAGCCCCGGAAAGAAAAAACUAAAGCAGCCAAAGGGAAGAAGACGCAGGGUCCAGUUCACAUCACGGCCGGGUCGGACCCCGUUCCCAUCGAGGGAAAAGAGGACGAUGAACUCGACCAGGAGACUUUCAGUAUUUGUAAGGAGCGCAUGAGGCCGGUGAAAAAGGCCCUGAAGCAGCUGGACAAGCCCGACGAGGGUCUGUCGGACCAGGAGCAGCUGCAGCACACGCGCACCUGCCUGCUGAAGAUCGGAGACCGCAUCACCGAGUGCCUGAAAGCUUACAGCGACCCCGAACACAUCAAAAUAUGGAGAAGGAACCUCUGGAUUUUUGUGUCCAAGUUUACGGAGUUCGGUGCGAGAAAGCUGCAUAAACUUUACAAGAUGGCGCAGAAAAAGCGAUCGCACGAGGAGGAAAAGGAUCACAAGAAGAAGGAGGACGUCGCGGGGAGGGUCAAGUCCUUCCGGCCGGAGGCGUCCGGCUCCAGUCGAGACUCCACGGGAACCCAGCCGUCCUCCAAGUCUGCGUCUCACCAGCCCGGGCCGCACGGACACCACCGGGAAGCGUACAACGCGUCCAACAAGCGGCACUUCGGCAACGACGAGCGAGGAGUCUGGCAGAGGGACCGCAAGUACAACUACCCGGGAAACAGCAACCAGUCGUGGCAGGGAGACCGGCACCACCCGUACGACCCGCAUCGCUACAAGGAUCACUACGGUGACCGGCGUCCGCACGGAGAGUCGUACCGCAGCUCGGGGGGCUAUCGCAACAACAUCUCGCCCCGGAAGAGGCCGUACGAGCAGUACAGCAACGACCGGGACCACCGGGGCCACCGGCCGUACUACGACAGGCAUCCGGACCCCAAAAGGAGGCGUCCCGACGAGUUCCGGCCCAGCUACCAUCAGGGAGGUGAAGGCCCCGUCCAGGACUUCCGCAGGAUGCCGGACCACAGACCGCCGGGUCCACCGGGGCCGGACCACUACAACAGGCCCUUCCCCCCCGACAAACCCCCCCCGAUGUUGGACCCUCGCUCCCCGCAGUCUCAGAAGUCUCCCCAGGACUCCCGCUCUCCACUAGAGCGACCCGUGGAGCCCAACGUCAUGGCGGACCCCAACUGGAUAAAUAGGAAAACAUAAAAGUCCGCCAGCGCGGACUCGGGAACGGAUCUUAAGUGUUUUUGUGAAAGUCGCACGCCGCUGCUGACGGACAGGUGUGUGGACUUUGCCAUUUAUAAGCUCGCCGUUGAAAAGGGAAUCAACGUUUGCUCUCUUUACCAGCAGAACCGAACCCAAGCGGCACCUCUUCCCCCAGUGACUGCGGCUUCGCAGGAAGAAGGUUGCUGAGAAAAAACACGCCAACAAAAAUACUGGAAUCAUGAAUCUAUUUAAAUGAACGGACUUGUGGGUAAAUGAUGGUAACGGUGAGUGGAUGCUGGCGGAUGCUUUAGUCCCGUGGACUAGAAGAACGAGGACACUCGAACUGAAAACUGAUCUCAAUCCUAAAAGUGCCUGAAGGUUUUGGCCUUUUGAGUGACACAUGUACGGGAUUUCUCCCCAAAAGAACCACGACCUGGACGUCAUUAUUAUUAUUUUUCAUCUUUAUUUUGUUUCUGUGUUUAGCUUCAAGUAUUGCGAAUGAUGUCGGUGCAGCAGAAUGUCACACGUCAUCAUUUGCAGCCAGUUUCACCUGGAGGGCAGAAAUAUAGGAUGAUCCGCUCUGCUGGAAAUGUUUCUCCUCUCCAAGGUUUUUAACAAAUGUAACAUGUCUCAUGUGUACAGCCUGUUCCUGUAACUGUGUGGCUUUAUAAAUCACUGCAAUCUUUAACCCCCUUUCCUUGUAGGCCCAAUGAAAGAUAGAUGCCAUUGAAGCAGUAUUUAUUAGAAUCAAGUGCUUAACACUAUUAGAGCAUUUCUUUACUCUGCUUUUCAGUAUUAUGAUGCAUAAGAUGAUAUUUUCCACCUCAUAUAAGGACCCACUUUGAUUUUUUUCUUCUUCUUUCCUCCUAAUCAGUUGUUAAAAUUGUCUUUUCACAGAUGUUUAUGUUGUUGUUGGAAGGUGGCUGAGAAGUAAUGGACGUUUCACAAUGUUUAUUAGACUCGGCCGCUUGUCCUGUGCCAUAUCUACCCCCCCCCUGCAGGAUAUUUUUUAAUUUUUUAUCUGUUUCUUUGUGCCUUAUUUAUCAAACUGCAUCAUGAUUCAUGGACAGUACGGAGGGCCGCCGUGGGCAGGAUGUUGCUCACUUUCACCUCCAAACCAGAGACGGGACCACGUAUCCUGGCGAUUGUUGCAGGUCUGAGAUUUCCAGGAGACCUGAUGGUUUGAGGGGGAGGUGAUACGAACACUGAUGAGAGUUGCGCGUUUUUGUCCCGGGGCGCUUAUUCAAGCUGUUACAGUGAAUAGUAAGCUCUUCUCUUCUUCCACUUACACGUACGGUUCCUGUAUCAUAUGUUCUGUAAGAAGAAUCUAAAUAAUUUAUAUUUGUGACAAAAGCCACUCAUGAGAAAUGUGGUGUACAUAUGUUUGGACAUAUGUAAUAAAUUUUGUUACGCAAUGAAAUUCAUUGCCUUAUCCGACUCCUUUUUUUUUUUUAGUCCGACUUUUGUAUGUCUGUAUGCGACUUUGAUUUCCAGGAGAUGUGAAAGAUGGCGUGGAGCGGAGUAGGAAUGCCGGGGAAUGAAAACUGUUAAUCUGAGCCGUAAUCAGAUGUUUUGUAGCCCUCUUUUGUUGCUCUUGGAUGCUCCUGUGUCAAUUAUGUAAAGCUGGGUGCCUCUUGUGAUUGCUCCGGUACGUUCUGUACCGGGGGGAAUGGCUGUAGUAACAUACUUGUUGAAAUAAACAGCUGACUUGUUCGAAA